AUGUCUACCGACAUCGAGAAACUGUCCCACGAGAAUGUGGAAAACAUCGAGGCUGCGGCGCCAAAGGCCGUCGUGGAUGUCGAUGUUGAUGAGGAGUACAAUUACGAGGAACAACGGAAGAUUGUCCAUCGCGUGGACCGCCGCUUGAUCGUCAUCUGUGGUUUCGCGUACUGCAUUAGUCUCAUGGACCGCACCAACGUCUCGGCGGCAGCGAUUGCUGGCAUGACGGUCGACCUGGAAUUAUAUGUCGGCUUUCGAUAUUCCAUCAUGGUUCUCGUCUUCUUCGUCACCUAUGUUGUCUUCCAACCCCUGGCGACGGCCUUGAUUCGACGAAUUGGACCUCGCAUCUUCCUUUCCGCCAUUGUUAUAACCUGGGGCGCGUGUCUGAUCGGAUUCGCCUAUUCUCCUGACUGGCAGACACUAGCAGGCCUCCGUGCUCUCCUUGGAGUACUCGAGGCAGGAUUCUUCCCUGGAACUGUGUAUCUCCUGUCCUGCUGGUAUUCACGAUACGAGGUCCAGAAGCGCUAUUCCUUCUUCUACCUGAUCGGAUGUGUUGCCUCGGCCCUUUCCGGUAUCCUCGCCUAUGGCUUCAGUCAAAUGGCGCCUCUUCAGGGACUCAACGGAUGGCAAUGGAUUUUCAUCAUGCAGGGAGUGUUGACCUUCAUCGUCGGCAUCUGCUGCAUGAUUUUCGUCGUCGACUUCCCCGACAAGGGCCACAACGCCUGGGGCUUCCUCAACGAAAGAGAAUGUGCAUUCAUCCUCCGCCGCCUCAACAGGGAUCGUGCCGAUGCCAACCCCGAGCCCUUCAACAUCGUCAAGUUCCUCCGUCCAGCACUCGACCUCAAGAUCUGGGGCUUUGCGCUUGUCUUCUUGUUCGUCCCCAGCCCCCGCUACUACUUUCUUGCACUAACAACGCCCCCCAGCUGCCUGACAACAGUCUCCUAUGCAAUCGCCUACUUCCUCCCCAUCAUCCUGCGCGAAAACAUGGGAUUCAGCAUCGCCGCCGCGCAAUGCCUCGUCGCACCCCCCUACGUCCUCGCCGGAAUCCUUAUGCUCUCCACCGCCUGGUUUGGCGAUAAAUACCGCAUGCGCGCGCCAGUGCUCAUUUUCAACAGCGUGAUCACGCUCAUCGGGCUCCCUGUCAUGGGCUUUGCCUCGUCAAACGGAGUGCGCUACUUUGGCGUCUUCCUCACAACCGCCGGAGCGAAUGCGAACAUCCCCUGCUCGAUGGCCUACCAGGCCAACAACAUCCGUGGCCAGUGGACCCGUGCAUUUGCGAGCGCUACCCUCGUGGGAUUCGGUGGCAUUGGUGGUAUCGCGGGCAGUCUCAUCUUCCGCUCUCAGGAUGCGCCCGAUUACAUUCCCGGAAUCUGGGGGGCUAUGGCCUGCCAAUUCCUCCUUCUCAUCGUCGUGUCACUGCUCAGCGCGUACUUCUGGUGGGCGAAUCGCAAGGCGGAUCGCGGGGAGAAGAUUAUCGAGGGAUCGCCUGAUUUCCGGUAUACGAUUUAG